CAUUCGACAUCGAACACGCAAGUUGAACGUUUGCACUCCAAUAUUCUAGAAAUUGCAAGAACUUUAGCUGAAGAUAAAAAAAAAACAAAGGAGGAACAAAUAUAUCCUGCAAUAAAAGAAUAUAAUGAAACAUUACAUUCAGUGACCAAAAGGAAACCAAUAGACUUAUUGUUUAACAAGAAUACAGAUGAAACUCUGAAGGAAAACAUCGAAGACAGUCAACAGCGAAUGCUACAAUAUCACAACAGGAAAAAGAUAUUAAAGGAAUAUAUCUACACCAGGACAAGCAAUUUACGAAAAAACAAGUCGACGCGAAAAAUAUAACAAAAGAGUAAUAUGGACGUGGAUAUGGCAUCAUCGUCAACGCCAACCACGCGUUCGGCAAUUUCCGCCCCUCGCGCUGAAGCUGCCCCAAUAGCAGCACCCCGGACCAACACUGCACCGGCAGCGCCUCGAACAACUACAGGCUCCACCGCGACAACGGCUCCGCGUCAAAGCACGCCAGCAUUACCAGUGGAUUUGCAACGAAUUCGUUGUCCAUUAUGCCGCCGCCCUCAUCGGCUAUCGCACUGCGGUAUAUUCAAAGGCAUGCCGACGAUGCAACGCCAGCAGGUGGCACAGGCGCACGGGUAUUGCCUGAUUUGUCUGGCAACUUCCCACGCAACUCAGGAGUGCCCAUCACCUAAUCGUUGCCAAAUCUGUGUGCGGGCUCAUCAUACGAUGCUGCACCGCACUACCAGACGCGACUCCGGGCGCCCACCGGCUCCUCGCACCAGUGGUAACGUCAGGCGUUCCCAAAGGACUCCUGUGACGGCAUACCGCCGCCGCGGACCCUCUGCAGCAGAAUCCCGUCCUUGGCGCCAUAACCGGGCAACAUCAACACGACGCCAUCAGCUUAGGCCGCAAUCCCGCCGGUCAACAGGUCUCAGCAGCGUUGUAGCAACGCUACAGCAGCUACAGCGGCUUCUAGGCUAAAUACUCGCCUAGGGGGCCGGGAUGGCUAAAUGAGUAGCGACGUCGCAUCACAUCUGCAUCAAUUCAUCACACCGAAUCGACUAAUCACCUCAUCACGCGAGCGAACACCACACAUUAACACACAUACACGCACAUGCACCCAAACGCGAUGACAUUCUGCAGUCUAAUUAUAACAAAAGGAAUAGAGAAAGCAGCGCGCGCACC